AUGGGUCGUCGUCCCGCUCGCUGCUACCGUUAUUGCAAGAACAAACCGUACCCCAAAUCCCGGUACAACCGUGGUGUCCCUGAUCCCAAAAUCAGGAUUUUCGAUCUUGGUCGUAAACGUGCAAACGUUGACGAAUUUCCCUUCUGCUGCCACCUCGUCUCUGAUGAAUAUGAACAACUUUCGAGUGAGGCUCUGGAAGCUGCUCGUAUUUGCGCCAACAAAUACGUUACCAAGACCUCUGGAAAGGACUCUUUCCACUUGAGGGUCCGUGUACAUCCAUUCCACGUUAUCCGUAUCAACAAGAUGUUGUCAUGCGCUGGUGCCGAUCGACUGCAAACGGGUAUGCGAGGAGCUUGGGGCAAGCCUUACGGCACUGUUGCCCGUGUCAACAUUGGGCAAAUUAUCCUUUCCAUCAGAUGCAAGGAACAGAAUGCUCCUGUCAUUAUGGAAGCUCUACGCCGCGCACGUUACAAAUUCCCUGGACGUCAAAAGAUUAUUGUUUCGAAGAAGUGGGGCUUUACUAACGUCAACAAGGAGGAAUACCUCCAGCUCAAGGCUGAGAAGAAGGUGUUACAGGAUGGUGCAUAUGUCCAAUUUAUCAAGUCCAAGGGACCCUUGGAGCAGAAUCUGCGUAACUCUCUCCGUGCUUGA